GUGUAAGCGCAUGUGCUCUGCUCGCUCGUCACCGCCUCGGGGCAUGCAAGGCAGAGUCAUAGAGGUUCCCCAGUCCUCCUAUUCUCAGAGAGGACAACGUUUUUUAAAAUAGACGGUAGGGCAAGAGCGGCUUAGCUUCCGCUUAUAAUAAUGUACUUCCGGAUGAAGAAGUUACUUCCCCCAUGUUCUGAGCGUCAGCACGUUCUUUGCUUCUCCCGGCCCCUGUUGAAGCCCCAGAUUUUGAGAUAAAAGAUUUGGGGUUGCCAUGACGACUUGAGGUGGAUCGAACCAGGCCUGUUCAGAUCCAGUGGGCUUUUCCUGGCUUUUAGGUCUCUCCCAGCCGUGCUUCUGGAUCGCCCAUGCCAGGAAAUGGGCUGCCCUGCCCCAUGGUGCCCCAGUUCUCCUUGGCAAUCUCUGUCCUUCCUCUCUCGUUUGGCAAAUGAGAAAGAGGAGGCCAGCUCCCAGCUCUUCUCCUGAGUGUCGGGGCUCUGCCCGCCGUGCCUGUGGAGGUGCCGUGUUUCUCUCUCUCUCUCUGCCUUCAGGAUGUGAUGUCAACCAGGCAAGGGGCCUGAGCCAGAACAAACAAGUUUGUUGUGCGUUGUCGCCUCUUCGCUCUCUCCAGCAGCAUGGUGGCCCUUUUUUUGGACGUGCUGCAUACCUUGGCCCUGCCAGGAAGGAAUGUACGAUGAGUGCACCAGUUGCUGUCAUUCGCCUGCCCCAUGGACCUGAUGGGUCAAGCCGUGGCUUCGAUCCCAUGUCUCCUCGUUUCCAAGCCCUUGGUCCCACCAGCCUCUCCUCCAUGGUCUCUGGGAACACAACUGAUCUGGAACAGGAGCAGCAAAGCCGUGUGAUGCUACGAGAACGCUACCUGCGCAGCCUGUUGGCCAUGGCUGGACGGCCAGUCAGCUUCACCAUGUACGAGCAGGUCAAUGUCACAGCUUUGUUUGGGGCAUCUGAUAUUGACAUCCUGAACUUCCAAGUGUCAGAGCUACAGACUCCCCUGGGGAUACAGAGAGAAGCGCUCCUCCGCUGUUCAGAUGUCAUUGCUUACUCCUUUGAGCUUUGACAGAUAUCUCUUUUGGCUUCUUUUGUAACAAUAAAGCAUCUGUUUGUAGACAAGCCUUCCGUCCACUGUGAGCUACAGAAAACCACCUCACUUUAUUUAUAGCAGUCAUCCCCUGAGGGCCACAAAAAUUAAGAAAUGAUCAAUUCAGGUCACAGAAUAGGCUGUUUGCUGCAUCUUUGUGUGAUUCACUGUUCUGCAUUCACCUCCUCCCAUUCAAGGGGGUGUUACCAGUAGGACCUGUAGCAAAAUGUUGCAGUAUGAAGUGCUGUGCACCCUGCUUUUCUGUUUUAUUUCCCCAGUGUUGUCAGCAUUACAAGCUCCCCGAGUACAUUACAAAUUCCCUGAGUUUUUACUGCUCUGCUUCAGGGAAGUUCCCCACACACACACACACAAAAGCCUGUUAAUAACUCCCUCUCAUGUUACUCUCAUCUUGACAAUAUAAGCGAUGACACUGGCAUGCUGAACAUUUAAAGUAGAGGGAAUUAUUCUCUCUUUCAUGCAGUAAAGCAUUGUGAUACACAGCGAGAGCAAAUGUAGCUGUUGUUUCUGAACGGGUGGCAGGAUCUCCCUAAUUUGUAGGGAUAGCAUUUGGCUGCAGUUGCUUGGGACUGGAUCUUCCACGUUGUUCAGUAGCUAUCUGAGACUGGCAAGGCAGGAGGACUUUGGCUGGGGUAUCAGCUGUGCUGUAUUGGGUUUCUGGGUUUCACAAGACAAUGGCACACCCAAGAGACGUCUGGGAGCAAUUUUGGUUUAGAUGAAGGCAUAUAAAGGGGUCACCCCUUUUUAAUAUGCGUUGCAGCUCAGUGCAAGCACAAACACGCAAGCACAAACACACAAGCCUACUGACUUUUUUAAAAAAAAUAUCCUUUUAUUUAUUUGAUUUUCUAUUUCCAGAAGUAGUCAUGAAAUACCCAGUUUGCCUACUGACCACUGAGGUUCCAAAGCCUCCUGUUCCCAGCCAUAAUGCUGUGCUCCAAUCAGUUGCUAGAUCAGUAUUAGAAGUUGCCGUAUGCCUGCAGCAAUUGAAAACCAGAUUCAGGGAUGUUUUGGAAGAGUUCUUCCCUAGCACCACACCCCCACAGUCUAAGGGCAUUAGUGUGCCACCAAGGAACACAGCUUUGUCUUAGGAGACAGGUAGUUAAAUAUUUUGGACAGUUGCUAGUACGCAAAAAUAUUAGAGCCCUGCUGCGUCUUAUUAAGGACUUCAUGCAGCACACAGUUAAAACUAUGCUUACUCACACAAGAUGUAGCGAUGCCUUUAAAAGGUUAAAGACAUUCAUGGAGGAUAAGGUGGUGCUCUGCCUCCGUUGCCUGAGGCAGUUCCUAGAAAGUACAAGUGGGAUGGCUGCACUCAGGUCCUGCUUAUGUGCUUUCUAUAGGCAUCUGCCUCGCAGCUCAGUGUGAGAACAGGAUACUGCACUAGAUGGGCCUUGGGCUUAUUUAUUACUUGAUUUAUAUCCCACCCUUCCUCCCAGCAGGAGCCCCGGUAGGGCUCUUCUUACGGCUGGGAGAGGGACUUCUUGGAUCACUUUCAAUCCAUUUGUAUUUCAUCCCUUGGGCUUGUAUGACUAAUUUUCUCUCUAGCACUCAUCACAGCUGAUUUCACACAUUGGCUAAAGACGCUGAAAAGGCGGGAGCAGGCUGGUAUACAACAUAGCAAUUGCUUUGAAUGGUGCCUGCACAUUUUGCUUACCUUCUGCUCUAAAGAGGUUGGAGAUUCCCAUUCCUGUGCUGGCUCUGGACUGGAUGCAGCAGAACCCCCUUGACUGCCUCCCCCCUUGCUAGCCUCUGGUCUCCACACAGCCUUGGGAUGAAAGGAAGGGCAUGUCCGUAAGAAGUCGUAUCAGGUUUUGGCAAAGGGAGCUAGCCAGUUACGUGCAGCUGAAGGCUCUUGUCAAGAGACGACCAUGCCUGGCUUUAUUUAUUUAUUUAGACAGCAUAGAAACAAAAUCAGCAAUGUACAGCAUUAUUACACAGCAAGAGACCUGGUGAACCAGUUGGGUGGACGGCUGCCAGCGUGACACUGCCAGGAACAACCCUUAGUGGCGGUAGUGAGGACUCCGGGAUCGGGACCGUGAAUGCCUGUAGGAGGCAAAAGAACAGGUCAUAUCAGAUCAAAGAAACACAGGAAUGAGAGACUCCCGUCUUCUAUCAGUGUUAGAUGAUAACUCUGUGUUAAUAAGCACUAGCGUGAGUCAAUGCAACAAAUAAGAAUUUUGAACUUUGCCUGAGGGGAGGUCGAGUGCCUUUCACUCCCAAGCUGCAAAAUGCAGCAGGUGAUCUUGGGUGGAGGAGUCUCCUGUGUCGAAUGCAUUUUACAGGGUUGUUAUGAUAGUAAAAACAAGAAAGGCCUCCCCCCCCCAUGCUACAAUGCUCAAAGCUCUUUGGAGGAAGGGCAAAAACACAGUCCAGUACCCAAGUAGUUGACAGCCAUACUUCAACAAAGGGACUUGAAAGGCACUAGAUCACAACUCAUCAAGAAGUUUGGAACUAUUCAGUUGGGUCUGAAUAAAGAAUGGUUUCCUGUCCCACCAACAUACACAUGAGGACACAAAUCGUCAGCAAUGUUAAGUUACCCCCAAUCUGCUGCUUGCAGAGUGUUACCAUGCCUACUGUUCCCCUCAUUAUUAAUAUUUAGGCAGAAUUUAUCAACAUCGCUAUUCACCGAGACAAUUUGUUGACUGAAAUGUAUUGUUCCU